AUGAACAACAAUCAAUAUAAUAGUAAAAAGUUGGCUCCAUUCAGAAAGACAAGAGAUGCACUAAAAGAAGAGUUGAAAAUACUUGAAUAAGAAUAUUAACAAGAAGAAAAACUUAAUGAUAUUUAUUUCGAUGAAAUAGGUCGUUCAGAGAAAGUAAAUAUAUAAUUUAAAUUCAGGAAUUUGAACAACUUAUCAAAUAAAUAGAGGAUUUUAAUAGACAUAAUCAUUCAAUCAAAAAUGAUAAAUAGACAGACUAAAAUUAAGGGUUUGAUGAAACGAUAGAAAAAAAUGUUAUCGAUACAUUGCAUCUCUUUCUUUUAAAUACAAGCAAGAAGGAAUAUUUAGAAAGCAUCUAAGAAUAAGAAAUUGCAAAGAAAUCAAAAUAAUUAGGUAAUUUAGUUAUGACCUUGGAUCAACCAAACACUUAAAUCAAAGAAAAAGAUGAUCAAGAAAUUAUAGAAAUGAAUAAUUAAGAUGGUUAUUAUGUUACUUUAAGAUAAGGAGAAUCUUAAUUUGAAGUUAGAAUUCCUUCACAUAUCAAAACAUUCAAAGAACUCAAAUCAAUUGUUAAAUCAUGUUUUAUGGCAGAAGAAAAGGAUGUCUUUUAUACAGAUUCAUUAGGUAAUUUAUUAUAGCCAGAAAUGAAUGUUAUUAAUGAACUUUAUCCUCCUAUUUAUGAAUUACUUAGAAAUUAUUAACCAACAAUUGGGAUUUAAAUUGUAAAAUAGAAAAAAAUUAAAGAUGACACUAAAUUCACAGAUGCUGAUUUUGGUCUUGAUGGUCUAAAUGAUUUAAUGACUAAAUAACUUAAGCCAGCAAAAAGAGCUCAAAAAUAAAUUAAUUGGUCAUUAUACUUAGACUAUUUAACAACUUUUAAAUAUUUAAUGGAAUCUUUUCUCUUUUUAUCUCUACUCAUAUUAUAUGUUGUGAUAGAAGUUGAUUAAAUUAAAUUUGUUACUAAUAGUUAAUUACUAGUUACAAUAAAUUCAUAAUUUUUAAUUUAGAAGUCCUUUAUAAAUCCAAUCAACAAUAUAUCUGAACUUAUUGUUAUGACCAUUCCAGAUGAUCAACAUAUUCAUCCAACUUAUCCCUUAAAAUCAGCAGUAUUAGUAUAAACUCUUGUUGGUAUUGUAAUUAUGAAUUUAUAUUUAGGAAAACUUUGAAAAUUGUCAUAUAUUGAAUGAAAAUUAGAAAGAGAUUUUUAUUGAAAAGAAUUAAUCUUGUUUAAAUUAUAAUAAUAUAAUUACAGAUGAUCUAAAUAAUAAUUAUACAUUUACUAAUUACAAUCCUUAAAUUUACGAUCAUUAUUUUGGAGGUUAUGUAUGGGAAUUUGAUUUGACAUCAAAAGAGAAUUUUCGAGAGAGUUAUAAUAAAUUAGUUUAAGAAAAUUGGGUUUAAUAUAAUAUUAAACAAUCUAAAUUUAUAUUAAAUUAUUAUAAUAGUCCUACAAAAAGAAUAGUUCAAGUUGUAAUAACAAGCUUAUAUCUAUUUAAUGAUGUUUUUUAUUUAUUUUAUUUCUAGAAUCUGCUAAACUAUAAUAGUAUCUAAUCUGAAGCUUUCGAUUUGAGUGAAGAACCUAGCUCAUUUAUUAUUUACAAGAAUAUCAUUUUUUAUUGUUCAAUUGUACUUUUAAUAUCAUCAUUUUUUGGUAUUAUGAUAAUAUAUAAUUUUAGAUUUUUUUGGUUUGUAUUUAGCUGGAACCAAAAAUCAUUUGAUUGUUCUUUAUUUAUCAUAUAAUGAAUUGCUCAAUAAGAAAAAAAAAAUGUAAGCUAAAAAGAAGGAAAUAAGUGAAUAAGAUCAUAAAGAAAUGUUAUAAAAAGAGUUAAUCCUCAGUGAAUAUUUUAUUAUCAAUCUAAAAGUGAUUUUUAUUUCUAUCAGAAUACCUUUGAUAUUUGAUAUCAUAUGUAAUACAUAAAUAUAUUAUAGACAUAUUAUGUUAAUUUGGCUUAGUAAUUAAAAGAACAAUUGACGUAUAAUAUGAAGAUGCACUUAGUUAAAUAGAUUUGAAAUCAAAUUAAUUUCAAGAUACUUCUUCCUUAUUUGGACCAUUAUUAUUGUCUAGAAUUUACACUGCUGUUUUGCUUUUAUUUUUGAUGAUUUCGAUAGUAAGAUUUCUUGGUAAUUGGAGUCCAUAUUUGAAAUGCUAUGGUUUAGUAAUGAUCAGAGUAAAAAUUUAAUAUAAUGCUAUAGUUUAAUAAAGAAUCAUGGUUUUUGUUACUAGUUUUAAUUUAUAUCAUUAGUAUUUGUGCAAUGUCUUGGUCUAUAACUUUAUAAGGUAAAUUGAUUAAUCAUGAUAAUUUCUUUUACACCUUCAUAGGUUUAUUAAGAUGUACAUUAAAAUAUGGACUACAUAAUGAUAUUGAUCAAUAAGGAUUUUUUAAUAAUUAUAUAAAAGAAAUAAGCUACUCAUUUGAUACAAGAUAUGUAUUCUUUUUUAAUUUAUUAAUAGUUACAAUACAUAAUUAUAAUUUGUAUUUCAAUGAUAAUGGUUCCAAUUUUUAUUUCUUUGAUGACAUAAUAAGUUCAUAAUACUAAAAUUGAAGCGAAAUAAAAAAUGUUAGAAAUGAAAAAAUAGGCAGAAGAAUGA